GAGCCUAGGUUUAAACCCUAACCCUUUUUUUUCGAGACUGUGCUUCACCGCCGGUCUCCUUCCUCUCGCCGGUCGACCGUAAACGGCGACCAUGGCUCAAUCUUCAGAUCCGCUUGCUUCGCUUCCUUCUGGCGUCAAGUUGCUUCUCCGCAAUCUCCAUAAUCUUAUCCCAGAGAAGCUCACCGAUUCAAAUUAUCCUGCAUGGUCUCUCAAUGUCAAAACUGCUCUCGAGGCCAACCUUCUUCUUGGUUGGAUCGAUGGUCAUGAAGUUGCGCCUCCAAAAAUCCUAUCCAAGGAUGGCAAGGAAAAACCCUAACCCCGAAUUCCAAACAUGGACUGUGAUUGAUACUCAGAUCCGUGCAUGCCUUCUUGCCGUCAUCAGUCCGUCUGUUCACAAGCAUGUCCGCAACUUCACCACAUCUGCCGAUCUAUGGAACGCUCUCGCUGCCCGGUAUAAUUCUGUUUCUACCGCUCACAUCUAUCAACUACGGGACAAACUUCACACACUCCGAAAAGGUACAAUAACUAUCACCCAGUACCUUGAUGAAGUUGCCACUAUCCUCACCGAUUUGGAUGCUCUCAACGAGAUAGUGGACAACGAUAAGAAUCUGGUGCGGUACACGGGCCCCUGUGAGCAUGGUCUCUAUACCCUUCCUUCCAAGCCUAUCCCUGUUGUGCGUCAAGCUGUCACUGCAUCCACCUGGCAUCGUCAGCUUGGACAUCCGGCUCCUGCUGUUGCCAAGUAUAUUUUGUCUACUUUAGGGUUUAAAUUUUCUGAUCACUUACAUUCUAUCGAUCGCAUCAUGGGAGACAUGGAAGAAGGAGCGAAUGUUCAGAGACCACCUCUACUGCGUGGACACAACUACAAUUUCUGGAAGGGCAGGAUGAGAGCCUUUCUCAAAUCCCUUGGUGGUGGAGUCUGGAGAAGUGUGGAAACUGGGUGGACUGAACCACGCAAAUACUCUGAUGAUCUGACGACGUCAAGAAUCAAACCAUUCGAAGAAUAUAGCAGAACUGAAGUAAUUGCAGCUGAGUUUAAUGACAAAGCCCUAAAUGCAAUCUUUGGGGCAGUGGACUCUACCCAGUACAAGCUCAUCUCAAACUGUGACAAUGCCAAAGAAGCUUGGGAUAUUCUUGAAGUCACGCAUGAGGGAGAUGAGGAAGUGAAGACUGCAAAAUAUCAGAUCUUGAUGACUCAAUAUGAAAACCUGCACAUGGACGAGAAGGAGAAGAUCACUGAAUUUCAUGGGAGAGUUAGAGAUAUUGCAAACCAGGCUGCACGACUAAAUGAACCUAUUCCAGAAAACAAGCUGGUUCUCAAGGUGCUGAGGUCACUUCCAAAAGAAUAUGAGAUGGAUGUCAAGGCCAUUCGACGUUCCCACAACAUCAAAAACAUGACGCUUGACGCACUUUUGGGAAUACUGGAAUCAAUUGAACUGGACAUGGCAGAAGACAGUAAGCAAAGGAAACCUGAUAAGCAGAUAGCCUUUCCCAGCACUAAGGAGGAAGAUGACAGAGAACUUGACUGGUCACUUGAUGAAGAGUUCCAAGAGCAACUUUCUCUGUUCACCCGACAAUUCAAGAAGCAGUGGAUUCAGAAGAAGUCAAAUCAAAGAUUUGAAGGCACCUCUAAGGGGCUUCCAUCAAAAGAUGCUAAGUACAGAGAAGCCAAAAACACAGAAAAUCCUAACUAUGCAAAGAAGAAGGGGCCACAGUGUUUUGAGUGUGGUGGAUAUGGUCACAUCCAGUCUGAGUGUGCAAACAAUCUAAAGAAGAAGAGACAAGCUUUCAAGGCAACGUGGAGUGAUGAUGAAACUGAAGAUCAGGGUGAUUAUGAAGAAUCUAACUGUGCAUUUAUUGCAAGUGCUGACCUAGAUGAUGAAGUGAGUGUUGAAGAACAACUUGAGGACCUGCAAGAAAAAUGGUCAGAACUUCUGAUGGUGAAUAAAAGAAAUGUUGCAGACAAGAACAGACUGAGUUCAGAAGUUGAUGCCUUGAAGAAGAGAAUUGAAGAGCUCACCAGGAAAAUUGAAGAACUUGAAGGAGAAAAAACCAACCUGUCAUUUGAGAUAAACCAACUAAAGUCCUAUCAAAAAUGGAUCAAGGUUGCUGGAGCAGAGGUACUAGAUCAUCACUCGAUCAAGGCAAAAUCUCCUGGAGACAUGACAUGCAUUGGAUUUACAGACAAAGGAAAGAUGUCACAAUCCCUUGAAGUCAAGUUUGUCAAAGCUUCUGAACAAACUGAAGAAGCUUCAUCAACAUCAGAUACAGAAGAUCAACCAGAUGCAGAACCACAGGCAAGUAAACCAGAAGAAGUCAGAGUGCCCACACACAUUCAAAAGAACCAUCCACUAGAAAAUGUGAUUGGAGAUCCACAAGAAGCUCAAACAGAACUGAAAGAGUCGAAAAUGGUGAGAAUUAAGCAUGUACUUCCCAAGCGCUGUCAAGGAAACCCCUCACUCAAAAGGAAACUCUGGGCAAAGCACAAAUGGACGCGUCUACUAGUUGCUGAAGGAUCACGACGAACCAGUGUUGAUCUUGAACCAGAGGUGGCAGAAGAAGAUGAAGAGAAUCUCCCGCAACCAAAUUCAGGAGAAUCAAACAUGGAGCAACCAGAUCCAAGAUCAGUAGACGAUGAAGUCAGAAAUGUCGCAGAAGAUGAUGUGAUUCUAAACCCUAAAGCCACAUUCCCAGAGAUAUUUCUUCUAGAAUUCACAGGUACUCCACAAAAAGUGGACAUGCAAAGUAAGAGGGAGGAAGAUCUACAAUCAGAAAAGAGAACACCAGAGAUCGUGAACGAGGAACCUUUGAUAGCAUGUUCUGAUGUGCCAUUUGAAGGGGUAAAAUUCAAAACCCCAGCAUCCAAGAAAUUGAAGGCAAAACAAUCUAGAUCCAGAUGGUCGCUGCGACAAAAGGCGAAGAAGAAUCAAGAAUCAAAAGGGUUUGAAGAAAUUCAAACAAAAGAAGUGCCAAAGAAGGAACUUAAGCGUAAGGAGAAAGCAGCGGAUGACCAGGAGGAGAGCUCAAAAAAGCAGAGAACAUCAUCACCUCCCACAAAACUCACAACCAGAAGUCAGAUCAACCAAAGGAAAGAUGCAAAAGCAGAAAAGUCACCCAAACCAGGGAAGUUUUCUAAACAUUUGUUUGUUUCUUCAAUAGCCAGUUCAUGCAUGCCUGAAAUAGCCAAGAAAACUAUUCUGCCACAAAGAAGUAUUGAUGUUGAGGAUUUUGAAUCAAAAACAAACUUAAUCCCUGUGCUGAAAAGGGUAAUUUGCUUAAAUCAGUCACUCUGCCUGGUUCUUAUGGUAGCUGCAUAUCACUGGCUUCCAACCACCCAUAUGAACACAGUCCCACUCUGUAUAGCCACACUCAUUUACAAAAUUAAGCAUGAGAUACCUGUGAAUCUUGGAAAAAUCAUCUUUGACCAGAUCAUGAGCUUCGCAUCUGAGAAGGCCAAACAGAAUUCUAAUGGGCUUCCUUAUCCUCUUCUUAUUUAUCAAAUGCUUAAAUCUCAGAAGCUUGUAGUUGCAGAUGAAGAAGAACCUGCUCCUCCUCUUCUCCAGGUUGAUUUAAGGCACUUUGAAGGAAGACAUUACAAUGAUAUGGCCACGAGGGAGGAACAAAAGACAGCCCCAGCAGUUCUUCAGUCAGAUUUUUCCAAAACAGCUUUCAUCAAAGAAGAAAUUCAGUCUCUGCAAGAGAAGAUUGAUGAAUACAGGAAGUUGAUCAAAGAAGCUGAAAUCAAGAAGAAAAAAUGGGCCAUUAUUCUGUCCUCUUUGGACACCAUUUCAGAUGAAGCUGCUAAAUCUCAGGGGGAGAAGACAAAGCAAGGAGGACCAGAUGGUGCUACAACACAGGGGGAGCAAAGUGAAGAUGAUGAAGCCACUGAGGAAGGAGAGGAAAGUGCAGAUACAAAGGAUGAUAACCUAGCAACUGAAGAAUCAGACUUUGAGGCUGAACUCCACAAGUUUGAUGAUUAAACAUCCCAAGUUGUUUUUGCAAAACUCUACUGUUUUUGGCUAUUCACUAUGUUGAUGGGAUUGUUCUGUCCCU